GUAAUUAUUUUAUCGCAGGACAUUCCCUCCUCGAGAGACGCACCACCCACGUACUCCUCGAUAUUCGCCGAUUCGCUCUCGCACGAAUUGACCUUCCCAACAAAUGAUCGAUCGUUCGUCGUGGCGCGAAUUCCACCACCCACCUAUACCCAAGCGCAAGGAAUCGGUCUCGUGGAACCCUCGUCAGUGGAUCCAUUCGUCUCUGUAUCCCCAAACACCACAAGUGACUGGCCGCGAGUACCCGCGGCUGCUAUUUGUCCCCAAUGCUCGACGCUUAUUAUCACUGUCGUGGUGGUGCGUCGAUCUACGAUUACUCACCUUACCGCAUUAACGCUCUUUUUGCUGGGGUGCUGGCCAUGCUGCGUGAUACCGUACUGCAUGGAUUCCUUUAACAAUACGGACCAUUACUGUCCUAUCUGUCGCGCGUAUCUCGGAACUUACACGCCGCGAUAAAUGAACGUCACGCGCGAAGCAAUUUGGAGAGCGGUGUGUAGCGACUUUCUUGGUUUGAAAAUAUCUUACAUAUGCAUCUCGCGUUCUUCCCAUUAUUCUUCAUCUCGCGAUAAAAAAGUGAGAUGACGAAAUAAUAUAUUUAUGCAAGCAAACUUUCCAAAAACUGCAUCAUGUUUAAGGUAAUUGCUCUUAUCUAACGAUAUGCAGCAAUUAUAAUCAAUUUAAGCGGCGAGAAAGUGAAGCACUUAUCGCGACUCAGGGGACAAACACAAUGCGUUAUUCGGGGAGUCAAUUAAAUUUCUCGACUUUCUCUAAAACUCUUGUGUGUAGGUGGACGAUUUAGCCCGCAGUCGGACAUUUACAGUUUGCUGCAUGGUAUAUAGACCGUGUAAACAGUAUUUCUGGGUAUAUUUAACUUGACACCUUGGCUCCGUGGAAGUUAGUUGACGUCCCGUCAAGUGAAAUACGCGAUCGGCCUUCGAAAAUCGUGGUUUUCGCAUUUCAAUUUUUCGAAGAAAUUUAUAUAAUAAAAGUUUAAUAAGGAAACCGUAAUUUACCUGCGAUAUUCGAAAUUUCGUAGCACUUUUCGACUGUAUAGAAACGCGCUGGGAAUCUCAGAAUGACCAAAGAUUGGUCAUUAAUCGCGCUUCUGAUGUGCUGCAUCGUGUUUCGCGUUUACGUCGAUGCCUGGAACAGUCGCGGCAGGCACAGAAUCGCGGAUAGAAGACGAUUGUGGCAAAUGAAUGAUAACGGACCUGCUCUUUCCGCCGCGGGGACGACGAAACGUAAAUGGGAAUUGUCAAAAUUUCCGAACAAUAAUCGCACUCAAAUCGCCAGGGAGAAAAGGCUCCUCUCGCUGUUCACACUGGUGACAUUCGACAACACCAUCUGCGGCGGAUUGAACGGGGAGAACGGCACGUGCGUCGCCGCGGCGGAAUGCGCGCAACGCGGGGGUGUCGCCAGCGGUGUUUGCGCGAAUGGUUACGGGGUCUGUUGCAUAGUCACGGUCUCCUGCGGCGGGAUAACCGCCGACAACAACACACACUUUGUCAACCCGAAUUAUCCGUCCACCUUCGACGGCAUGGACUCGUGUCAGGUGACACUGGUGAAAUCGGAUCCAGAUGUAUGCCAGUAUCGAUUGGACUUCGUACAGUUUAAUAUCAGGGGCCCGGAGACGACGAAUAACGUCUGCACUUACGACCAAUUCAUCGUUUCCGGUGGCAAUCCGGUGCCGAUAAUAUGCGGUAACAAUGACGGAAAUCACAUGUACAUAGACACGGGAGUCGGCCAAACCAACCCGGUUACAUUGACUUUCGUUACGAGCGGCAACUCCUUUUCGCGAUCGUGGAAGGUUCGUAUCUCGCAGAUACGAUGCAGCACGAUAUAUCGAGCUGAGGAGGGCUGCCUUCAGUAUUUCACCGGAGUCUCUGGCCAGAUAAAGUCCUUCAAUUACGAUCCUACGACCGGGCUGCAAUUGUCGAAUCAAGAUUACAGCAUAUGCAUCAGGAUGGAGAGGAACUUUUGCGGAAUCCAAUACAUGGCGUGUCCUGACGAUGCUCAAGGGAUGAUGAUACCCCCCGCAUUUGGUUCAGCGGGUCAAAUAAUGCGUAGCAACGCAUUCACGCUGACAGGAAAUACACAGGCCACACAGAUCGUGUCGAUGACAGGAACAUCAUGUAUGACCGAUUGGCUGUCGAUACCGUGCGCCACGAAUUUGGGUCGGCUACCCUCGUUGCCGAUGAUGUGUGUCGAUCGAUUGUGCGGCGGUACUUUUAACUCGGAAGCCCAGAACUUGAAUGGGUCAUCUGUUAUCAGCACUGUAAAGCCGUUCAGAUUAAUUUUUCACACGGACAGCACCGAGGGACCCGGCGACGUUGGAAAUAGAGGCUUCUGUCUUAAUUACGUACAACAACCGUGCACGACGAAAUUAAAAUAG